GUUCUCGGCGCACAGUGUUUAUCUUCACGAUGUUUUACUUACGCCAAAACGAUUAUCAAAAAAUAUUAAAUGUUAUUACCGUACAGUUCCUACAACUUAAACAUCUCAUUUGUUCGAAACAAUAAUUACGGCACACGGUAACAGUCGCAAUAAUUAUACUCGUGCAGCGGACGCACGGGAAACAACGCAGUCUAUUAUUCAAUUUGUACAGGACCUCAUACAUUUCGAAACGUGUCUUUAAAUUAGUCGCCAUCGACACUGUUUUUCCGGCUCGAAAUUGCAUCUGGGCCCACCCUUUUGGCGCGUCAUUUGUUUCCAUUAUACCUUUUUCAUUUGGCCGGCCACCGCAACGAACACGCGGCAAUGUUUGUUGGUAGGAAAACCCGUAAAACAUCCAGUGGAAAUAUUCAACGCCGCCGCCGCCAUUCAGCCUUCCAGACGCGUUUCAGACCUAUAUACACGUCCUGACAAACCGUAAGUCCCUCAGGACUCCGGUUGCUCCACACCGUGAGAUGUUAUAUUGUCUCGAAUCCAUCUCGUGACUUCUUAUUCUGCCGGGUAUUCGGCGGCUCGUAUGGGAAUUGAGAAUUCUAUUCCAAGUUUAUACGCUUUUGUUUGUUUGAAUAAUUUAUUAUUGUUUUGACACGCCGUUGUGUUGACCCUUCAGCCCGUACACGCAUUAACGUUGCCAUCAUUCUUCUUUUUUUAUGAAAACAACGUGUAGGGUUGAUGAACAUUGUUUUUAAAAACCGCGUGAUUAUGGGCGACCGUCCAGCUGCCGAGAGGGCGUGCAAAGAACCGAACCCGAUCAUCGACGGGCGGAAAGCCAACGUGAACUUGGCAAUUUUGGGAGCAAAACCUCGUGGUAAUUUACAGCCAGCAUUUGCUUUCCCAAGUAUAAGAGCUGGAUAUUCCGCUGUGAUACCUAGUCAAUUUGGGAUACCAUCGCCGUACGGGAUAUGCUCGAAUGGUAUAAAAUGGGUGCAGCCAAGUUACCUGUACCAGAGUCAAGCAGCCAGUGCGGCAUAUUUGGGAGGUGGUGGCGUUAUGCCAUUAGCUCCUACGCAUGCCGCUGCGAUGGCCGCAGCCACGUCGCAGUUCUACGAGUACCAAAACGCGGCAGCAGCAGCCGCCGCAGCAGCAGCUCUUUCAUCCUAUCCGUCGCAGUACGCUGCAGCAGCCGCAGCGGCCGCAUCCUUCGAUCCUUACACAACGGCAGCCGCAGCUGGUGCCGCCAACUACGUGACUCCAUACUCUUAUGCGGCGCUGCCCAGCAGUACAGCCGGUCUGCCAACAGCGGCAAAUUCGGCCACCGCAUUCACAGGACUGUCGCCUUACACAGCAGCUGCAGCUCAACAAGCGGCAUCGCUGCAAGAAGCUAGACUACAGUAGCAUUGUCAACUUAAAACCCGCGCCCUCCGUCCUAGAUUACGAAUUUUUCAAAGUCAGGGACCUCGGUAGUGUCAUAACAAAACAAUUGAUAAUUUUAUAAAAAAUACAAAAAAAAUAUUAUAUAUAUAUAUUACAUAAAUUACAUUAUUAACUAUGAAUCUACAAUAAGAAAAACUUUACUUAGGAAUAAACCAUUAGGUAUAUUAUAAAUAUUAUUAAAAUUUCAAAAAAUAAAAACGUUGUUAUUAUGUAACGGACUGGCGUUAAAUGUACCAAAAAAAUAAUAAAUCUGUUGAAAAUAAACCUAUUAGUCUAGUAUAUUUUUAAAUGUUAGGGAAUAAUGAAUAUAGUACUAUGUAGUGUUUUAUAUUAUAAUAAUAAUUCUUACGUGGUCUGGGCCCGGCACAGGCGUACGGAUAUCGGAAACGGACGCGUGGGAAACACUUACGUGAAAGGGUUUACCACGACUCGCGUACAUCCGGAUCCGAUUUUUUUCAAGGGUAUCGAUUAAUAUACGACAAGACAUAACAAUUAUACUCCGUACUAUAAACGAAUACUUCAUUUUAUUUACCGGGCAUUUGCAUGUAUUAGGUAUAUUGAUUUUCAAUCCCCACCAAAACCUGUUCAAAUUAAACUAGCCAUGUAAACCAUUUCGGGCCGUCAAUUUGGAUCAUACAUAUGAUUGUUAUUGUCAUAUUAUUACACAAAAUAUAACAUAGUAUAUUUUAACCAAUUACACGAUUUUAUUAACUUUACCAACUAAAGUUUAAAAUAUAAAAAUGUGAAAUUGGGUCAUCGCCGUGCAAUUGCAUCGCAAACGCGCAUAUUAUUAUUUUGUUUAGUUCAAUUCUAUUAUAAAUAUAUAUACAUUUAUAUAUACAUUAUUAUUUCUUAUUUACAAUUAUUUAUUUUAUUUAUGUAUACAAGUUUUGUUUAUUUGAUGUUUUAGAUUUAAAUUUAAAAAUGAUAAUGUCAUUAUAGCAUCAAACUUAGGUAAUUAUUUUUUUGGGAAAGUUAAACAAUAUUAUUUUACCAGCAUCAGGAAAUUUAUUCAUAUAAUAUAUGUAUACAUUAAUGUGUGCCAAAACGUGCAUAUUGGACAGUAUCAUUGUGAUAUUUUGUUAAAUUUUCAUCAGUAACUAACCCAAAGUUAAGUGCAAAUCUCCAUCAAUAUUGUACGUUUAAAAACAAAAAUCGUUUAUCUAUUAAUAUUAGUUGAUUAAUAAGUUGACUGAAAAAAAAAACACUUUUAUAAAAAAAUGUACCCAUAUUAAAUGAUAAAAGAGAUGUCUUAAAAAAAGCUCAAAUAUUUUUUUAUAGGCACACAGCUUAUUAACUGGUAGAUUUAAUGGUAGAAUAUUUUACCAUUGUUUAAUUGUAUACAAAGUCUUUAAUUAAUAUUCGUAAUAUCUACUUUCAUCCGCAAUUAUUAUUAUCAUUUAUAAUAUAUAAACAUAUGAUUAUUUAUAAAUGAGUAAAUAAAAUUAUACUAAUAAUAUAAUAAUAUUAUGAAACUAUUGAUAUGCCUAGUCUUAUUAUAACGUCAUUAUUAUUACUAUUAUUACUAUUAUUAUUAUUAUUAUUAUUAUUAUUUCAUUUAUUUCGUUUUAAUUCAUAGGUAUAGUGUAAUAUUAAAUUAUAAAGAAUUUAUAUCAUAAUUUUAAUUGAAAAUACAGCCACAUCUCUAGUCAUAUGUACAAUAAGAUAAUUAAUCAAUUUUAGUUUUAAGACAAAAAUACUGAGAAUGUAUUUAUAGUUAACUUAAAUAUUAAUAUUAUUAUUACUAUUAUCAUUAUUAUUAUUAUUAUUAUUAUUACGUAACUAUAUAAAUUUAUAAUGUAUUGUAUUUAUACAUAUAUUUAUAUUAUUAUUAAAUAGGUUUAUUUUAUACAAUAUGUUUAAUUACUGUUAAGGUGAUAUUUACGUCAAACUGUUUAAUUACAAGCACAAGGUAAUGUAAUCAAUUUGAAAACAAAUUAAUUACAAAAAAUUUUCUUCUCCAUUUAUAUAAUGUUCAUGUAUAUAUAUAUAUUUAUAUUAAUAUAUUAUAUAUAUAUAUAUAUAUAUAUAUAUAGUAAUAUUAUCUAGUUAAAUAAAGGCACCCAUUUUCAAAUAUCAAAAGAUAUUACCCCUCCAAAUAAAAAAUAUAUAACAUAUAUCUUUAUCAUUAAAUAAGUUAAAGAGCUUAAACAUUAAAAUACAGGUAUAUUUUUCUUCUAAUCCGUUAAAUUAUAGGUUAAUUAUAAAAUUGUUCAAACACUCUUAUAAAAUCCAGACACCUUGUAAAACAUUUAUUAUUUUUCAUAAUUAGAAUCUGAAAAACGGGAUUAUUUAAAAAAAAAAGCUAUUACACAAUUUUGUCCGUGUAUACAUGUAUAAUGACUUUAAAAUGAUCUAAUUUUUAUAAACAAAUAAGACUGAUGUUUGUUUUUUACAUUUUAAAACCCGUUUAUUAUAAUAUAAAGAGUCAAUGAGUGGUUUUUUUAGCUUUUAGAUGGUCGUCAUCGUCGUUGUUAAUUAUUAUUGGAUUGAAUUAAAAGUAGUUCCAUUUUUAUUAGUAGGUGUAUAGUAUUUUUCUAAAAGUGGGGUAUAUAAUCGAAUUUGUUUUAGCGGAUAUAAAUACCAUUCAAACAAUUUUCACUGAUACACAACUUUAAACAAAUUAUUAUUUUAUAAUAAUUUAUUUUUAAUUAUUCUUUUUGCAUAAUUUAUUUGUCACUCAUGCAUAUUCUACAAUAAAAACUAUAUAAACGCACCUAGUUACGAAUGUAAUAUCUGUACUAAUUAGAACACAGACACUGCACUUCCCCUACAUAAAAUCCGAAAUGAGCACAUUAUAUAAAGUAUUAAUAUGGAAUAAAAAUAAAAAUAAUAUUAAAUAAAAUCUCUUAAUGUACAAAAUAAUAGUAAAGAUAUUACGAUAUUAUGUUCAAUCUGGUGUGCCUUGUAUAAACUACAUUAAAGUGAAGAAAAAAAUUUUAAAAAUAGAUGUAUUUUUGAUAUAAAUAUAUAUAUAGACAUAAUGAAAUGUUAAAAAUUAAAUAUUGACGUUCAUUUAUAUUUAAUUCAAUUGUUAUCAAUUUGUUACCUAUACUAAUAAAUUCUUAAGAUAAUCCACAGAUGUAAAAUGUAUUUAACACUAUUUUUCGAAUAUUGUAUAUAAUAUAAAACAUAUAAACCGAUCCAAUGCGCUGGAUAAAAUACAUGUUUUAAUAUGUACUUAAAUUUUUUUUAAUUAAAAAACAGAACGAUGUAUGGACAUAUCGAUGUUGAUUAAAUAUUUGUUUUAAUACUUUUUUUUUUGUAACUUUUAUAAAUAUUAUAAUUUAAAACGUAAUUUAAUUUCACAUAUAUAUUAUUAUUAUAUAAAUUAAAUACAUUUUGUAUAAAUAUUUGAUUAAUUUUAUUAUAGUAAGAUUUUUAUUGGCGAUAUGUUGCCAACGGUGAAGCUAGUCAUAUGGGAAAUAUUCUGGUGCACCAUGUAAAUUUAUUUUAAUGUAACGUCCAACGUUAUACAAAUAAUAUGAAUAUAUUUAUAUGAAUAUUAUAAAAUUAUUUAAUGAAUAUUAGUAAUGUAAGCUUAUAAAACGUGGUGAUCAAUAUCAUCACAUUAGUAUAUAAAAAUAAAAAAAUUCGAUGGAAUUUUAGUCAAUAUUAAUGAUUAACUUUAAGAUAUAGUUGUACAAUAAAAAUUUAAUUAAAUAAAAAUGAUUAAAA